CCCCGAAUGCACCCUUGCGGUCCAGAUACUCCGAUAUAACCUCAAUUCCUUCAAUAUCUCCCGUAUCACCUAAAUAACAGUCUUUUAGCCAAAAUUGACUCGUUUGCGCUGGCUUAAUAUUAGAUGCGAGGUUCCCGAAAUUGCCGACCAACCCACAUACCUACGCAGUUAUGAGGCACUAUUGAGCCACUUCUGCUGAGCGAUUAUAUAUCCUAAAGUCCAGUACUCAACUUCCUACAGUCCAUUGGGGUUGUAUAGAAGGCGCAAGUAUACGCCCAGACAUUGCCAAUCCACCGCUACAACUCCCGCUUGUGCCGGCCCGGUCGCUCUCUCAAUAUGACUCUCCCGUGGUCCUUCCGAAAAUCGAAAUGGGACCCUCCCUCCCUCCUCGAAAGCUUCCUCCAAUCCCCCCUAGCAGUCCUCCUCGGCUUCCUACACGCCCUCCUCAUCAGCCUGCGCGGCGCGCCCUUCCACCCUCCCAAAAACCGGCCUCCCAUCCGCGUCGUCUGCAUCAGCGACACGCACUCCCACCAGCUCUCCAACAUCCCCGCCGGCGACCUGCUCCUCCACUCUGGCGACCUCACGAACGACGGGACCAUUAAGUCCCUCCAAGAAUCUCUGGAUUGGCUCAACACGCUACCACAUAAAUACAAAGUCGUCAUCGCCGGCAACCACGAUAGCUACUUCGACCCGAGCGCGCGCAAGGAGGAGGAUAUAAACUCAAAGACGCGCUUGGAUUGGGGGAGCAUCAUAUACCUCCACAACCGCUCCACGCAUCUGCGCUUCAAAGGCGGGCGCAGCUUGAACAUUUACGGUUCCCCCGAUAUCCCCAAAUGCGGCGGUAAAGAGCACGCAUUCCAAUACGACCCCACCACCCCCCCCUGGCACACCCGCAUCCCCCUCUCCACCGACAUCCUCAUAACCCACACCCCACCCCACACACACCUCGACCUCCUCCUCGGGUGUCCCUCGCUCCUCUCCGAGAUCUGGCGCGUAAAACCGCGCCUCCACGUCUUCGGGCACAUCCACUCGGGACAUGGACAGGAGUCCGUAUUCUGGGACGGGGGGCAAGCGGCGUAUGAGAGAAUCGUGGCGAGGAGGGGGGGCGUUUGGGGGGAUCUGGUGCCGAGUAGGGCGUGGGUGGAUGCGUGGGAGGUGGUGUGGUAUGGGGUUAAGGGGGUGUUGUGGCAGUGGCUGAUGGUGGGAAGGGGGGCGGGGGGUGGGGGGUUGUUGGUUAAUGCGGCGUUGACUUAUCAGAGUACGAGUGAGAUUAGGAAUGCGCCGCAGGUGGUGGUGCUGUGA